AUGGCCACUCACAAAAGGCUUAUGGCCAUGUACAAGUUACUCAUGACCACACACAAGAGACUCAUGGCCUUGUUCAUCAUGGCCACGUAAAAGAGACUCAUGGCCAUGUACAAGCACCUCAUGGCCAUGUACAAGAGACUCAUGGCCACGUACAAGAGAUUCAUGGCCACGCACAAGAGACUCAUGGCCACACUCAAAAGAAUCAUGGCCACGUUCAAGAGACUCAUGGCCACGUACAAGAGACUCAUGGUCACGUACAAGAGACUCAUGGCCACGUACAAGAGACUCAUGGCCACACUCAAAAGAAUCAUGGCCACAUUCAAGAGACUCAUGGCCACGUACAAGAGACUCAUGGCCACACUCAAAAGAAUCAUGGCCACGUUCAAGAGACUCAUGGCCACGUUCAAGAGACCCAUGGCCAUGUACAAGAGACUCAUGGCCACGUUCAAGAGACCCAUGGCCACAUACAAGAGACUCAUGGCCAUGUACAUGAGACCCAUGGCCACAUACAAGAGACCCACGGCCAUGUACAUGAGACCCAUGGCCAUGUACAAGAGACUCAUGGCCACAUACAAGAGACUCAUGGGCACAUACGUGAGACCCAUGGCCAUGUACAAGAGACUCAUGGCCACAAAACAACCACUUCAUCUGUGCACGGAGAGAAAAGGGAGGAGCAUAAAGAAAGAAAAGCUGAGACAACAGUUUCCCACACAUCUGAGGGACACGGGCAUGAGACUCAUGGCCACAAAACAGCCACCUCAUCUGAGCAUGUGCAAAAAAGGGAGCAGCAUACAGUCUCCCACAAGGCUGAAGGGCACAUACAUGAGUCUCAUGGUCAUGCAAAAGAGACUCAUGGCCACGCACAAGGGACUCAUGGCCACAUUCAAGAGACUCAUGGACAUGUACAAGAGACCCAUGGCCACAUACACCUUGGCCAUGUUCAAAAGACUCAUAGCCAUGUACAAGACAAUCAUGGCCACAUACAAGAGACCCAUGGCAAUGAUCAUCAUGGCCACAUUCAAGAGAUUCAUGGCCACGUACAAGAGACUCAUGGCCAUGAUCAUCAUAGCCAUGUUCAAGAGACUCAUAGGCACAUCCAAGAGACCCAUGGCCACAACCAUCAUGACCACAUUCAAGAGACUCAUGGCCAUAUUCAAGAGACCCAUGGCCACGAUCAUCAUAGCCAUGUUCGAGAGACUCAAGGCCACAUUCAAGAGACCCAUGGCCGUGUACAAGAGACCCAUGGCCACGACCAUCACGGCCACAUUCAAGAGACUCAUGGCCAUGCACAAGAGACCCAUGGCCACGAUCAUCAUGGCCACGUACAAAAGACUGAUGGUCACGUACAAGAGACCCAUGGCCACGAUCAUCAUGGCCACAUUCAAGAGACUCAUGGCCAUGUACAAGAGACCCAUGGCCACGAUCAUCAUGGCCACGUACAAAAGACUGAUGGUCACGUACAAGAGACUCAUGGCCAUGAUCAUCAUGGCCACAUUCAAGAGACUCAUGGCCAAGCUCAUCAUGGCCACAUUCAAGAGACUCAUGGCCACGUUCAUCAUGGCCACAUACAAGAGACUCAUGGCCAUGCUCAAGAGACUCAUGGCCACGCUCAAGAGACUCAUGGCCAAGUUCAUCAUGGCCACGUUCAGGAGACUCAUGGUCAUGCACAUGCGACUCAUGGACAUGUACAAGAGACUCAUGGCCACAAAGCAACUUUAUCUGGGCAUGGAAAAGUCUCCCACAAGUCUGAAGGACACGUGAAUGAGGCCCAUGGCCAUAAAACAGCAACUUCAUCUGGGCACGGGGCAGGUAUCUCUUUUGUAUGUAGUAUUAGCACUUUUUGUUAGAUGCUGUAGUUU